AUGGACCAAAAAUGCGCGCAAGGGUACGGCAAGCGGCAACAAGGCAAUACGAAAGCUCGCAACGGUGCGGAUUGGCAACAUACGCGGAUUACCCAUUCUUGGGAGAUUUGGAAUGGGGAGCUUUCUGUUUCCGUUCCUCUCUUACUUUAUUCGGCUACCCUCUGGAUCCUCCGCCUUUCCCCUCACAAGAUAUCUAUCCUCCGCUUUGUGGGGAAGGAAUUAACAACCCUUCCAACGGGCCGUACUAUAUACGAACGUACCGAGUUCGUGAGCCGCACUGAAGUUUGUAUAGGGAUUCUAGAGGACAGGAAGCGUGAAGCGCAGAAGGGGGUACAGGAUAGUAUUGAUAGACGAAUCCUUGAGGAGACUCAGGGGUUCGCUGGGCCGAGGGCUCUCCGGGGAGAGUCCGAGGCAUGUCCAAGUUGA